AUGGUAGUUACACGUCUAAAAAUAAUUACUCUUUUACUAAUAAGUCUACUUAGUAAUAUUAUAAUGGAAUUAAUAUUUAAUUCUAUUUUGAAUAUCUAUCCAAAAAUAACAUUGUUAGAACAUAUUCAAUCAUCAAUAACAUUAACUAAAUUGAUUGGUAUUAUUUUUAUAGGAUUAAUAUGUUUUAUUUUAUUAUUUGGAAUAUUGAUAAUGGUAUCUGAUCAUAGUCUGUUUAAUAUUUAUAUAAUAAUUUUAAAAUUCUUUGAAACAAUUCUACCUUUAAUUGAUAUAAUCAAUUUACUUUUGAUUUAUCAAAAUAAAAUAGAAUGUUUUAAUAAAGAAAAUUUAACUAUUAUUAACAUAGAAAUGAAAAAGACAAUGUAUCCAUCAAUACGUUUUAUUUUAUCUUUAACUUUUGCUUUAAUACGUUUAACUAUUAAUCUUGAUAUUGUACAUCGAACAUGUGAUUAUGAAUGGAAAAGAAAAAUUAUUAUUUUAUUUGAUUUAUUACUUUUUAUUUUGGUUAAUAUUAGUAUUAUUCGAUAUUUAACUAAAAAUAUAUUUCGUAUUGGACAAAAACUAAGUUUAUCUAUAUUAAUUUAUCAAUUAAAUGAUCUUUUUUUAAAUCAAAUCUUGUGGAUCGAUUCAAUUAACUACAAUAAACAUAUUAAACAUCAAUGCAAUUCAAUAUUUUCUAUUUUCUAUUUGUUUAAAAAUAAAAAAGAUUAUCAUUUAAUACUUUCUUUACGAUGAUCAUCAUCACUACCUAUAAAGAAGAACCAACAAACAUGUAUGGUAUGUUAUGAAGAUAAAGAUUUAAAUGAAUUUGAUGGUUUAAUCACAAGAAAUUGUCAACAUUUAAAUCGAUCAUUAUGUAAUUCUUGUCUUUUUCAACAUGUUCAAAAAGUUUUUGAAAUAACAUUUACUGAUGAUAUUUAUUGUCCUGAACUUGAUUGUAAUGUUAAAUUUGAUUAUGAUACAGUAAGAAAAAUUCUCUUAUCAAAUGGUAAUAAUAAACUUGUGGAAAGCUAUGAUCGAUAUGUAUGUUAUCGACAGUUAGAACAAAUGGAUGAAUUUAUUUGGUGUUCUAAUGUUUUAUGUAAUGUUGGACAAUUAAAUGAAGGUGGUACACAAAAUAAUAUAGUUACUUGUUUUAAUUGUCAUCAAAAAACAUGUUUUACACAUAAAAUACAAUGGCAUGAAGGAUUAACUUGUAAAGAAUUUGAUAUGAGUAUGGAUCCAAUUUAUGAAUCUAGUCGAAGAUGGAUUGUUGAAAAUUCUAAAAAAUGUCCUCAUUGUCCAUAUCAAAUAGAAAAAAAUGAUGGAUGUGAUCAUAUGAUUUGUAUUAAAUGUCGUCAUGAAUUUUGUUGGUCAUGUUUAGCAGAUUUUCAACCUAUACGAAAAGAUGGAAAUCAUCGACAUGAUCCUACUUGUAAACACUAUGCUGCCUACGAUGAAUAA